ACUUUCUGCCUACCUAUUGGCAGCAUUGAUCCGGCAGUAACAUUUGAAAUUCAUGUUUUUAUUUAUUUAUUUUUCCACUACUUUACUGUUGUUUAAAUUCGAAAAAAAAUAAACUUACUAGCCUGUGUUAAAAACAAUUAACUUAACAAACCGGCAGGUUAUUGAUUUGCAAUAAUGCUCAAAGAAGAUCCAGAUUUGAAUUUCUUCUUAUUAGAGAGUGCGUUAAAACUUUUGGAUAAUAUUCCCAUUGAGAAAAAACAGGGAAAACCGCUGAAUUUAAAAUUAAAUAUAAAAUCAAUUGACCUUAAGAAUUACCUCAAAGAACCAUGCAUGACCAAUGAAAUUUGUUGUAGCCAAACUAAAACGGCACUGGUCAAUGAUUUCCAAGAAUUUUCAAGGUGUCUCCAAGCUGGUGUACAAGAACAAAGGAAUUCUAAAUUUGAUAAGAUAAAGAAAGUACCAGCAAAAAUUGAAAGAGUAGUGAACUAUGGAGAAACUAAUGUUAGGGAUAAAAAACCAUUAGGUUUUGUUACAGCAUCUGAGGAAUUAAACGCACAAAAUGUUAAGAAAUAUGGAACCACUAGAAAUGUAUCCACUACAUCUACCAGUGCGUAUUCGUCUAAUAGUGUUCAAAAGAGAAAAUUGGGAACCAGGGGUGUUAGCAGAAAGUUUGUGCCGCCUCUUAUGCGAAACAAUGAAUGUGAAGAAAUUGACAGAAACAAAGAAGAGCCAGCAGCUUACUCAGAUGAAAAAAUGAAAAAUAUAGACCCUAAGAUGAUAGAAUUGAUUAAAUCCGAGAUAAUGGAUAAUGAUAAACCAAUUCACUGGGACGAUAUAGCAGGUUUACAGUUUGCUAAAUCAGCAAUUCAAGAAGCUGUUAUUUGGCCAAUGUUACGGCCUGACAUAUUCACAGGUUUAAGAAGACCACCCAAGGGGAUAUUACUGUUUGGUCCUCCUGGAACAGGGAAAACACUCAUUGGCAAAUGUAUAGCAUCUCAAAGUCAGUCGACAUUCUUCAGUAUAAGUGCCUCUUCAUUGACAUCGAAGUGGAUUGGAGAUGGAGAAAAAAUGGUUAGAGCCUUGUUUGCAGUAGCUCGAUGUCAUCAGCCAUCUGUGAUAUUUAUAGACGAAAUAGAUUCACUUCUUUCACAAAGAAGUGAUACAGAGCAUGAAAGUUCUCGAAGGAUAAAAACGGAAUUCUUAGUACAAUUAGAUGGAGCCACGACUGAUAAUGAAGAACGACUACUUUUGGUAGGUGCGACUAAUAGGCCUCAAGAGCUUGAUGAAGCUGCUAGAAGAAGAUUUGUUAAAAGGCUGUAUAUACCUCUUCCUGAAUAUGAGGCACGAUUGGAACUGUUCAAGAAAUUGGUCUCCGGAGAAAACCAUCAACUGUCGGAGAAUGAUUUUGAAGAAGUUGCUAAAUUAUCUGAAGGCUACUCUGGCGCAGACAUCAGGAGUUUGUGUUCAGAGGCAUCUUUGGGCCCUAUAAGAUCGAUCAAAAUGCAUCUAAUCGAGAAAAUACAGCCAGAAGAGGUGCGACCGCUGGUGAUGGAAGAUUUCCAAAAAGCUUUCCUUCGGGUGAAAUCCAGCGUAUCCACGAAGGAUUUGGAUCAGUUGAGAGAAUGGAAUAAGGUUUUCGGAUCAGGAUUGUGAAA